GUCCACGAGCGCUCCGGACAACUCGUGCACGCGCCCUCUUCGCGCUCCGCGACCAUGGAGCCGGAGGACAGCAAGAUCUCCGUGUGGGUGUGCCGCGAGGAGAAGCUCGUGUCCGGCCUCUCCCGGAGAACCACCUGCGCCGACGUGGUUAAGGUCCUGCUGGAGGAGCAGAGCGCACGCGGGCGCGCCGCCGCCGCCGCCGCCGCAGCCGCCGGCUCCAGCGCGCUGUGCGGACCCCCGCAGUCCUACUGCAUCGUGGAGAAGUGGCGCGGGUUCGAGCGGGUCCUGCCCAACAAGACCAAGAUCCUGCGCCUGUGGAGCGCGUGGGGCGACGAGCAGGAGAACGUGCGCUUCGUGCUCGUCAAGAGCGACGCGUCCCUGGCGAGCGCGGGGCCGCGCAGCGCGGAGGCGCGCGUCGUGCUCAGCAAGGAGGGUCUGCGCGCGGCGCGCGGCACCGCCAGGACCACCAUGGCUUUCUCGCAGGAGAAGCAGCGCAGGAUCGUGAGGAAGGCGUUCAGGAAGCUGGAGAAGAUCAACAAGAGGCGCGCGCAGAGCUCGUGCCAGGAGCGCAGCUCCUUCGUGGAGAAGAUGGAGACCCUGGUGCACCUGGUGGUCUCGCAGGACCACACGAUCCGCCAGCAGAUCCAGAGGAUCAAGGAGCUCGACCGCGAGAUCGACAGGUACGAGGCCAAGGUGCACUUUGACCGCAUCAAGAGACACGGAGUCAACUACGUGCAGGACACCUAUCUGGUGGACUCGAAGGGCGAGGGCGACGCCGCGGACCCCCGGGAGCCGCCGUGCGCACCCCCGGGCCUGGCCCGCUUGGAGGAGUACACGCGCAGGUGCGAGGAGCUCGUUAGGCUGCAGGAGGAGCUGGCCGAGCAGGAGGCUCUCCUGGAGAGCGUCACGGCCGAGAUCCAGGAGGAGCUCAACCACAGGUGGAUGAGGCGGCGCCGGGAGGAGCUGUCCGGCAGGGAGCCCGAGAGCGGCGAGCGGGACGCAGGGGGCAGGGCGGCCGGGGGUGCAGACGGCGAGCUGCUCGUGGAGGAGGAGAGGGUGAGAACGCAGCUGGACGCGAGCCUCUACAUCGGCCUGCGCCUCAACACGGACCUGGAGGCCGUCCGGAGCGACCUGGACUUGAGCGAGCAGCUGUGGGACGCCAAGCAGAAGGAGCUCAGGAUUCUGCUCCAGAAGGUGGACUCCUUGGACGGGGAGCAAGUGGCCGAGGAGCCCGAGGAGGAGCCCGAGGGGGGGGGGGCCUGGGCCGGUGGCCUUGGAGGCCACCGGCGGCUGGGUGGAGCAGGCCAGGGGUCUGUCCAAAACCAGGGACGCUAACGACGAGGACUCGGACACGGGUUUGAGCUCCAUGCACAGCCAGGACUCGGACACGGGUUCAAG